CAACAUCAUAAACUGACGUUUCGCUGUGACUAAUGGUUUAUGUACAUUCUAUUGGAUUAAAAUAAAUAUAAAUGUUUAAGACCCGAAGCCUUAACAAUAUUUAGGAAGUUUAUAAAUUACUUAGGGUCUUAAUGACGUGAAAUCUACGUGCGGUGAACAUAAAAUUUGGUCAAAAUGAAGUACGCGACGUCGCCCACUCCAAGUCUGAGUAACUAUCCAAGGAGUACUUCUCCAUUGCCAGCGCCGGCUAACUACCAGCAGACGACGGCCAGUGCGUCCGUCAAGCGGUAUAAAUACAUCAAAAGACUCUUCCAGUUCAAUCAGAUGGACUUUGAGUUUGCUGCAUGGCAAAUGGUAUACUUAUUUGUGGCGCCACAGAAAGUCUUCAGAAAUUUCAAUUAUAGGAAACAUACAAAAUCACAGUUUGCCAGAGAUGACCCGGCUUUCCUAGUUCUACUCACAAUAUGGUUAUUCUUAUCAUCAAUAUGCUUCGGGCUGGCGAUGGACAUGGACUCCUACGACAUAGUGAAGUUCGUGCUGUACGUCAUAUUUGUAGAUUUCAUCGGCAUCGGCCUUCUAGUUUCUACUAUAUUCUGGUACGCGAGCAACAAGUACUUGCGGCGCGACCCGAGCGGCCCAGACGUGGAGUGGGGCUACGCCUUCGACAUCCACAUCAACGCCUUCUUCCCCCCACUCUCGCUGCUGCACUGUAUACUCAUGCUGUUCUUUAGCGACUAUUACUUCCUGCGCGGCUUCGUGUCGUGUCUGGUCUCCAACACGUUCUGGUUGGCGGCUGUCUUCUACUACCUGUACAUCACAUUCCUGGGCUACAGCAAUUAUGGCAAAUGUCUUGACUCCGAUAUCCCGAUGCUGCAGAACACUCGAGUGUUCCUGCUGCCGCUGCCGGUCCUGUUCCUGGUGUACCUCAUCACGCUACUCAUGAGCUGGAACCUGGGCGCAGUGCUCGUGCACUUCUACUAUAAGACUGUAUGAAAGUACACCCCGCUAGGACUUAACCAGGUGGCACCACUGUCGGCGUUGUCCAAUCAGAACGUGUUUUGUGAAAACUGCACACUAGCGCCAUUCAUUUGCGACGGGAAUAUUUAGAAACACGCCAUUGCUUGAGGUGCCUUAUGUUUGAAUUACACUACUUACCUCUAUUAUGAUAUAGACUGGCCUUUCCCUAUAUCCUUAAUGAUCUGUCUGAUGUGAAAUAUAGUUUCAAGGCACUGUCAUUACGAUAAUUUGAAGAUAGCAUCAAUAAAUUGUACCUGUCCAGUGUAUUAUAAUAGAGGUUAGUGACUUCAUUCACCUUUAUUAUCUAAUUUAUAGUGAAAUUGUACAGUGCGUUAUUUGUACUCUAAAAAGCUGAAUGACUGAUAUUAACAUUCUUUUAGAUAAACAUAGAUCCACCUACCGGCAAAUCCAUUUAUCUACUAUGCGGUAUACUUAAAGUUAGCCAAUAACUUUAAACUCGAGAAAAAUCAGUACUGACCAAAUAAAAUAAAUCUUCUCAAUGAUUUUGAGUUUGUGUGUCAUUAACAUUUAGUGCUCAAACCAGUCUAUAAACAAUUACACUAGCAAGGCAUAUAGGUAUUCCACACAUACGCCAAUUAUCGCAGAAACAAAUGUUUCUUGGAAUUACAGCUAAGCCUUUGCCAAAUUUUACCAAAAUCGGUAAAAAGUAGUUUGCUGUGAAUCCUUUACAGACAAUAAUUGCUGUAAAAUUUAUGAAAUUAGUUAUUAUUUGUCUGGUAAUUGAUCAGUUAAAUAUUUAUUACAAUUCGUUUUUUAUGAUGUUCCUUAUCUGUCUGAAAAGAGGCGUUUUUCCGGCUGUGGGGCACUUACCGGCCGAUAUUAUUUUAAUAUGUAAUUAUGUAUCACGUUCUUACACAACGUUCUUAUUCAGUUAUAUAUGCUAUGUGCAUAUAUAACUGAAUAUAGCUCAUAUAGCUCAGCUUAAAGUUGGUCAAAUAUACGAUAAGACAUUUUGUGUAAGUAAAUUAAUUAUGGGGAAACGAUCGCAAGUACUUGUAUGAAUGACAAGUGAAUUAAUUAAAAUGUAAAGUAGCAUUUAUAUUAUCUUCUAAAGUAAACGCAA